CUCGUAAGAAGUGUCCAGACCUAGACUAUUUUGUUGUGUUCUCCUCUGUAAGUUGUGGAAGAGGAAAUGCUGGGCAAAGCAAUUAUGGCUUUGCCAAUUCUACCAUGGAGCGUAUCUGUGAGCAACGACAUCAUGAUGGACUCCCAGGCCUGGCAAUCCAGUGGGGAGCCAUUGGCGAUGUGGGUAUCCUUCUGAAGACAAUGGGGAACAGAGAGGUUGUGGUUGGGGGAACCAUUCCCCAGCAAAUCAGCUCAUGCCUGGAGGUGCUCGAUAUCUUCCUGAAUCAGCCUCACCCUGUCAUGUCCAGUUUUGUCCUGGCAGAGAAGAUCUCUGUGAAAACUGAAGGUGGCACUCAACGGGACCUUGUAGAAGCUGUUGCUCACAUCCUGGGUGUCCGUGAUGUGAAUAGUCUGAAUGCUGAGAGUUCCUUGGCCGACUUGGGCUUGGAUUCCUUGAUGGGUGUGGAGGUGCGCCAGACGCUGGAGAGAGACUACGACAUCGUUAUGACCAUGAGAGAAAUUAGACUCCUUACAAUCAACAAACUGCGUGAACUUUCUUCCAAGUCCGGGACAGCAGAGGAGCUGAAGCCAUCCCAACUGAUGAAGACAGGCCCAGGCGAACCGCCGAAGCUCGAUUUGAACAACUUGUUGGUGAACCCUGAAGGGCCAACGAUCACCCGUCUCAAUGAUGUUCAGAGCACAGAACGUCCUCUUUUCCUUGUUCACCCCAUCGAAGGAUCCAUUGCAGUUUUCAAUACUCUCUCCUCUAGACUUCAUAUGCCCUGCUAUGGGCUCCAGUGCACAAAAGCUGCUCCCUUGGACAGCAUACAGAGCCUGGCAGCCUAUUAUGUUGACUGUAUGAAGCAGAUCCAGCCUGAAGGACCUUACCGCAUUGCUGGAUAUUCUUUUGGUGCUUGUGUAGCCUUUGAAAUGUGCUCCCAACUGCAAGCACAACCAAAUGCUUCCCUUCUCAACAGCCUAUUUCUCUUUGAUGGGUCUCAUUCAUUUGUGGCAGCAUACACUCAGAGCUAUAGAGCCAAGCUGACCCAAGGAAAUGAGGCUGCGUUGGAGACUGAAGCAUUGUGUGCCUUUGUUCAGCAAUUCACAGGCAUUGAAUACAAUAAGCUGCUGGACAUUCUUCUGCCCCUGAAAGAUCUGGAGGCUCGUGUGAAUGCCGCUGCAGACCUGAUAACUCAGAUUCAUACAGACAUCAAUCGUGAAGCACUUAGCUUUGCUGCUGCUUCCUUUUACCAUAAACUGAAGGCUGCUGACAAGUACAUACCAGAGUCCAAGUAUCAUGGGAAUGUGACGCUGAUGCGAGCAAAGUCCCACAAUGAAUAUGAAGAAGGUCUGGGUGGAGACUACAGGCUCUCAGAGGUAUGUGAUGGGAAAGUAUCUGUCCAUAUUAUUGAAGGGGAUCACCGCACCUUAUUGGAGGGAGAUGGCGUCGAAUCAAUUAUUGGGAUCAUCCACAGCUCACUGGCAGAGCCGCGUGUCAGUGUCAGAGAGGGUUAACUGCUUCUGCUUACUUUCUGUCAAUGGUGAAGAAAAUGCCAACAACAUUCCUUGUUAUGACAGACCCCAAGGAACCGUUCCUGUUGUUCAGCAUCUCAUCUCCUCUGCUGCCAGAACUGGGAAGUCCAGCUGAACUUGAUUCGUCAUCUUCUCUUUCUUGCUCAUCUUCUCCUUUCCCAAUUUUUAUGGGUUCUUCUUCCCUUCCUGUGCUUUGUUUUCCCUGAGUAUCCCAGUCCAUGUCACUUAAGUGCUGUGACUUUGUCACUGUGCACUGCUAUGAGGGUUCCCCACCGAUGGUUGCUUCCUACAUCCUUGGCAGUAUGAAAAACAAAUCUAGGAGUAGAAUUCUUGUGCUCUAUAUUGUUUUGUCUUAACAGUAUUCCAAAGGGUAUGUGAUAGCACUUGUGACCAAGCCCAGUGAGCAGGGAGAGGAGCUGCAGCUGAUUUCGGAGAUGCCUUUCGUCUGUGAAGAAUCUGUCUGUAGUUAGGUCUGAAAGAGAAUUCCAUUGAGGCUUUUGUAACUAUAUUUUUUUAAUUUGAUAUAUUCUAAGUAUUUAUUAUGUCAAACCACAGAAUUCUUACUUGGUUUUAAUUUAUCGUGGGUUAUAGGAGAAAAGAAACAUCGCUUUUUGGAGGGGAAGGUUUAUUCUACAAGGGGAAAU